GGUUGAAGAGAGGUUGAACAAAAUUUGGCUUCCAAGAUCAAAGAGGAGGAGUUGAAGACUGAUUUUAGAAGCUUCAACAAGUGUUGCAGCAUCAUUUCCAUACAUUUUCAAGCUUCCAUUGGCAGCAAGAGGAACUAGAAUGGCAUCUACAUCUUCCUCCAUUGGCAAUGAACAAGUAAUUGCAAAACAAAGAAAUGAUCCAAAUUCUCCCUUAUGGAAAUAUGUGGACAUUAUAAAACAACUUCCGGGAGGUGGGGGAUUCCGUUGGAAAUGCCAUGGAUGUGAUAUUGAACGUAAUAGUUCAUAUUAUCGAGUGGUAGGCCAUUUGUGUGGAAUAAAAGGAAGAGGCAUCAAAAAAUGCCCUGGCAAAAAUGGUAAACCUAUACCAGAUGAGAUAGUGAUGAAAUAUAUUAGGGAGCAUGAGGCAGCAGAAGAGAGGGAAGCCCGUAGAUUGAACCAAACCGCAUCAAAGAAAACAAGGGGAAUGCAAGGCCCUUCUAAUCCCAGUAUUGUAGUAGAAGACCACCCCUUCUUUGCCACAAAUGAACCUCAAAGUGAACCACCCUUGACACGUAAAAGAACAAAAGGGCCUUUAGAAACCGCAUUCCAAAAUGAGAGUAGAGACAAUGCUGAUCAAGAUAUAGUAAGGUGCAUUUAUGCAAAUGGUUUGUCAUUCAAUGUUGUUCGCUCCCCAUAUUGGAAGCAAAUGAUAAAAAGUGUUAAUGAGGCACCAAGAGGGUAUAAGGGCCCCGGUUAUGAGAAGGUACGUGGAACAUUAUUGGAGAAAGAGGUGAAGAGGGUUGAAGAUGCAUUGAAACCCAUAAGGGAUUCGUGGGUUGAGACAGGUGUAACAAUUGUUUCAGAUGGGUGGAAAGAUGCUAAAAACUGUCCCUUGAUCAAUGUCAUAGCGGUGUCCCCUAAAGGGGCAAUGUUUUUGAGAGCUGUGGAUUGUGAGGGCCAAAUAAAAGAUGGCGAAUUUAUUGCAGAAAUUCUCAUCUCUGCCAUUGAGUCUGUGGGACCCCGCAAUGUUGUCCAAGUCAUAACGGACAAUGCAAAAAAUUGUAGAGCUGCUGGUUUGUUGGUUGAGCAACGCUAUGAUCACAUCUUUUGGACACCUUGUGCGGUACAUUCGCUCAAUCUUAUGCUACAAAGGAUUGGGCAAAAAAUAAAAUGGAUCAGAGAUGUGUAUGCAGAGGCUGAGGACAUCCAGAUGUUCAUCACAAACCACCACAUGUCUCAAGGGAUUUUUAGAACCUAUUCGAAUUUGGAGCUAUUGAAGGUAAGUGAAAUAGUAAUUUAAUUUUACAUUUUCUGAUUUUUUUGAAUUUUCAAUGUUAAUAAUAUCAUUGUGUAAGCUAUAUUGUGUAUUCUUCUUUAAAGUUUGGCUUUAUUUUUUAAUAAUUUGGCAUUAAUUUGUGUUAUAGGUUGCUGAGACCCGUUUUGCAUCAAACACAAUCGUCUUAAGACGACUUGUGAAAGUUAGAGUGGCACUAUGCAAUAUGGUGAUCAGCACCAAUUGGACUGUAUGGAAGCAAAGUAGCACUGAGAGGGCAGGAAAAAUUAGGGAUAGAAUAUUGGAUGAGAAAUGGUGGGAUCUUGUUACAUAUCUCCUAAGUAUCACUGAGCCCAUCAUGAGCAUGAUUCGCUAUACAGACAUGGAUAGGCCUUGCAUAGGUGAGAUUUAUGAUGGCAUUGAUUCAAUGCUUGAAAAAAUAAAGUUCACUAUAAAUGAAAAAGAGAAUGAUCCUCAGGAGAAAUUCUUCAAAGAACUGGAAUUAAUUAUUGUAGAGAGGUGGAAUAAGAUGACCACUCCUUUGCACCUUCUUGCCUAUGC